AUGUCAAUAAGACUACCUGUAACAUCACUAGGAGCGUCGCUGAGACGGCCAAGGGUCUGCCAAGCCUGCAAACGGGCGGGCCCGAGGUCUAGAGUUACCUCGAUCUCGACUCGGACGUACGCAAGCUCCUCAUCAUCUUCGUCAUCUUCACAGCGGUCUCGCCCUACUCUCCGCUUCAUUCCACUAUCACUCUUCAUCCUCCCUCCCAUCCUGUGGUACCUCUCGAAAGAUGGCGCAUCCUCCACACUCAAUCCAGCGGUAUAUACAGACCACACCGUCAAGUCCGCCCGGAAAGUCUCGGAACAGCAUAAAGAGGUUGUUAUCUCUUUAUCGCCGGGAUCGGCAGAGACGUUUGCGGGCGGGUCUGCUCUCAUCACGCCCGAGAAGUUACAAGCGGCCGGCAAGGGGGAAGGGAAGGCGGUGACGGUGUAUCAUGUGAUGGUGAAGAGUCCGGAUCUGAUGAUUGAGCGGCCGUAUACGCCGGUCAACGAUGUGAAGGCGGAGGGUGAGGUAAAGCUCGUGGUGAAGAGAGUGCGAGGAGGAGAGGUCGGACGGGUUGUCCAUUCGCUCAAGCCGGGAGAUCCUGUCGGGCUCCGUGGCCCAAUACCGACAUUCUCAAUAGACCCCUCAUCCUAUGACCGCGUCAUCAUGGUCUCAAGCGGAACAGGCAUCGCCCCAUUCCUGCAGCUCCUCUCCACACUCCCCGCAAGCCAGCCAGCCGACGGACCAAAGUUCACUCUCAUCCACGCCACACCUCCCGCAGACCGUGUAGACUGGGUCUCAGAUCCAUCUCUCAUCCCCGCUUUGCAGAGCAAGCACGGCGACCAGCUUGCUGUGCAUCGGUAUCCGCCUAAUUCAUUACCAGUUGACGAGCUCGCUCGGGCUGUCAAGGCGAGCGGCGAGCGAGUGAUGGUGCUUGUCUGCUUACCUCCAGCGAUGAUGCGUCCGAUCUGCGGACCGUUGACGGUGACUCUGCAGCAGGGCGAAUUAACGGGACAUUUGCGCGAUCUUGGACUUCGGUCAGAUCAGGUGAUCAAGCUGGAAUGA